UUAUUUUGACUGAAAAUUUCGUAUUUUACCGAAGCAAAUUAUCUGAAGAAAUUCUUAUUUUUGGCUUUGAGUUCAAGUUUAAGUUCAAUUGAUUUUAGUGUACCGUCGACAUUUCGAUCUAAAUGGAAGCAAACAUGUUUUCUGUUGCAAAGAAAUUUGCUGAGGCAUCGACUAAAUCGCCUGAUACCACUGCUGUUCCACAAACAACAAGUGUGCCGGUACCAUCUUGUCUACUUCGUCCCAUUGCAACGAAACCCACCUUUUUAAUGGGAACCGGUCCGACAAAUUUCUCACAAAGAGUCAGUGAGGCUCUUUGUAAGCCUUUGAUGGGACUUUACAUGGACGAAACGCAUUACAUAAUGGACGAAAUCAAGGAAGGACUUAGAUACAUCUUUCAGACCAAAAAUUCGGUUACAUAUUGCUCCAGCUGCUCUGGAAAUGGGGGCAUUGAGUCGGUACUCUUCAAUUUAGUUGAAGAAGGCGAUGUUGUCUUGUUCGGUGUUACUGGUGAUUUUGGUCGUCGAGCUGUAAAUAUCGGUAGGCUUCUAGGUGCCGAUGUGCGGGUUCUUGAAGCUACUUUAGGGACAGUCCUUAAGUACGAACAGAUUCGAGGCCACGUAGAACUAUAUCGACCAAAAAUAUUAUAUCUCGUGCAUGGAGAAUCAUCCUGUGGAGUACUGCAGUCACUUGUUGGCUUAGGAGAUUUGUGUCGAAGGUAUGAUUGUCUGUUGGUAAUAGAUGCUGUAAGUACCGCAGGUGCUGUUGAAUUUCUGGUCGAUGAAUGGAAAAUAGAUGCAGCGUUUGCUGCGUCGCAAAAAGUAUUGGGUGCACCUGCAGGCCUUGCACCAAUAACUCUGAGCGAAAGAGCAAUGCAAAAAAUUCAUAAUCGUAAAACUCCGGUAAAAUCAUACUAUUGGGACGCUGUUUUGUUGAGCAGUAAGUGGGGAUGUCAGGGGGAAUCACGGAUGAAGCACCAUACAGUGUCGUUGAUGGUUUUGUAUGGUUUGCGAGAAUCAUUAGCGGAAAUUUGUGAACAAGGCCUAGAAUCAUUCAGAAAUCGUCAUUCCGAAAAUGCAAUAAGACUGCAAAAAGGCCUACAAAGUAUGGGGCUGGAAUUAUUCGUGCAAAACCCCGAAGAACGUUUACCAACAAUAACUGCUGUUCGAAUUCCAUAUGGAGUUAAUUGGAACAAAGUUUCCGAUUAUUUACUAGAGAGCUUCUCACUGGAAGUUUCAUCUGGUUUCGGUCGCACUGAAGACAUGAUAUUCCGUAUCGGUUUAAUGAAUUCUAAUGCAACUUACCGAAGAGUCGAUUACGUUUUGAAUGCACUUAGAGAAGCGUUACGAGUCACAUGCAAUUAUGCUCCACCGACAGGUUCUGUUUACUACUAAGGACAACAAAAGCUUUCGAUUUAUUCAGCCGGUUGGCUGAGAAUGCUGAAUUAGAAUAUUUUGCAGUUUUCUUGGGUUUUUGUAUUAAAAUGCACCUCAACU